AUGUCCUCUCACUCUACGCAGAAGGAUGCCGAGGCGACCUACUCCAAGGCUGCGAAAGCAGAGCUUUCCGGAGCCUAUGAUAAUGCGUAUAGGCUAUACAUCAACGCGGCUCAAUCCUUCCUUCAUCUUAGCCGCCAGGGCGACACAGAGAAGGAUAAGUGGACCAGCAAUGCACGAAAGUGCGUGGAGAGGGCUGAGAAAAUCAAGGCCUUUAUCUCCAAAGCGAAAGCUUCAGAUGAUGCGGCGGCUGGUGCAGAUAUGUCCCUGACGCCGGUAGAUAUUGAUUACUUCUCCCCAUAUGAACAAUCAUUCAUACUCCAGCGUGGCGCCAGAGUUAAUGGUCUCGUAUUUCCUUCAUGGGAUGAUUCGCCUCCCACAGAGGGUGGCCAUGUGGCUUCCUCCACUCUAUAUGAAGAUUCGGAUGGUCAGCCGCGCCUCUCGGAGGAGCAACUUAAAGCAUCCCCGGUUUGGCGACGCGCGGCCGGUUCUGCUGCAUCUAUAAAUCAGGAGAGGUCGAGAUUGCUGCCGCAAGAUAUUCUACAGCAGAUCGUCACUGACUGCUCAGUCUGUGCAUCUAUAUCAGUAUGCUUGGAACAUACCAACAGAUUUGGGUCUAAUCUUCUUAAACAAUGUUUCCAUGCCGCCCCUUCGUCAGGGGCAACGAAAGGACGGCACGACCUCAAGCUGUUUUUCAAUGUCAUUGACAAUACGCUGCCAUAUCACCAUCGCUCUGGAGCUCUCUUGUGCAUGUCUACGACACCCUAUACCAUAGAUGACUGUGAUGGGACCCAGAGGUCUGGACCGGUUCUGUGGCCAAGUUUCCUGGAGAAAGGCUAUAUGAAGUUGAUGGGCGGCUACGACUUCCCCGGAUCGAAUUCCACCAUUGACAUUCAUGCUCUCACCGGUUGGAUUCCCGAACAUAUCGAAAUCAAGAGCCCUGGCUUUGAGCCCGAGAGAACUUGGGGCCGUAUCUCCGACGGAUUUUUCAGCGGUCGCUGUAUACUAACCCUUGGAACCGGGCCAACGGAGUAUGCGUACUGGCAGGGCUCUGAGCUCCUCGGUUCGCAUAGCUAUGCUGUGAUUGAUGUACGCGAAGAUGGAGAUUCUCGGUCUUUAGUUGUUCUUGACUCUUGGACACCGUCUGAAGACGAGGCGGGUAGUAAAUCCAAGACUUUGGAGAUUCCUUGGAUGGACGUACUGGAAGUCUUCGACGGUAUAUAUGUUAGCUGGGAUCCUUCGAUGUGGGAAAGUCAGCUCAAUUUUCACGGGAUGUGGAAGAGGCGAGGUGAAGAUGAUCAAGGCAAUACUCGACAUCUGCAACUUCUCUUCGAAACAGAGAAAGGUGGCGACAUGGGAGAUGAAUCUGACGAAAUUUGGAUAUUGUUGACUCGUCAUUUGUACAAGACAAACCAAACAUCGGAGUAUAUUUCCGCUAAGGUCGAUAUCGAAGAUGUUCUAGCGUCACAAACGUCGAGUUCCAUAGACCUCGACAGGGUUGCUGUAAAGGGGACCUAUACUAACAGCACGCACGUUCUCGUGCGGACGCGCAUACCUGCGACACAACGAUCGGGUGCAUUGUCGAUAUUCGUUUCUUACGACGGUCCAUCUUCCGAGAUCGGCUACAGCGUGACAGCGUAUUCACAUAGGACCAUCUCGUGGGGGAAGAGUGCUGUGAAACCACCCUUUUCAACGACAGUUAAAGGGUCCUUCAUUCUCAAGAACUCGGGUGGAAACUGCACUUAUCCAUCCUACAUGACCAACCCACAGUAUCACCUUAGGGUCCAUUCCUCGAAGCGGAGUCAGAAUGAGAAGUCUAAUGUCAUGCUUUCUAUGCACACCUCAAAAGAUAUUCCUAUCAAUGUGACCGUCGUCUGGUCUCAAGGAGAAAGAGUCAUGGAAUUGACUCAAACCGAGGUGGUCAUGAACUCUGGUGCUUAUAGCUAUGGUUCUGCUAGGGUGAACAAAGAGCUACUAGCCGGCGAUUAUACUGUCAUCCUCUCAGCCUUUGAGCCUCGCUAUCUGGGGAGCUUCUCCCUCAAAGUCGACGCUUAUAACAGUAUAGACCUACGUCCGAUCGAACAAGAAGGAGCAGGCAUGUACAGUAAACCUAUGCGAGGCGCAUGGGAGGAACACAAUGCUGCGGGCGGUCCCAGCUUCAAGCAGUACCUGAACAAUCCCAUCUUUGAAUUAACUGUGUCGGAAACAACGCAGAUAAUGAUUCGCCUCCAGUUAUCGCGACCAUCGGCAGGAGUACCAAUCAAUGUUACCAUAUACCCCGCACCCGCAUUAGGCCAAUAUGUCGCGACGUCUGGCGCUUAUAAUGAUUCGAUUGCCGGAGUGGUCACCCCCCAAGUAUCUCUGGCGCCGGGCACCUACUGGAUAAUACCUUCAACUCAUAGCGCUAGUGUGCAAGCCGCGUUCAAGCUUGUCAUCUACAGCACGACAAACACCAUUAGUAUCGUUGAGCGGAAGAGUUCAUUGCAUACCGUCCUCUAG